AUGUGGAAUAUUUCGUUUCAAGAUGAUAGAGGAUUGCUACUUUGGGAAAUGCCCUCUAUGAUCUCGAUCGACAAAGGAAGGGACUUUACUAGAGAAUACCCCCUAUUCUCCACUUACAUUCAUUUCCUUGACACAGAGACUGCCCAUUUGCAGAUGCUUUACUGGACUGCUCAGCUGCUGAUUUGCAACAACCUUUGGUUGGUAUACCAGUUUGUGUCAGGACAGGAGAAUAGAUCCUGGCAUAAAUUAAAUGAGCCGAUACUCAACUCGCGCCUGGAUGUUAGUGAUGGGGUUCCUUAUCGCAUGCCUGAAUUGCCAUUAUCCGCUUACGAACUACGCGCGAUCGCUGUCAAUGUUGCUCGGUCUCUGGAAUAUUUCCUUACUCCAGAAUUGAUGACGAUCGGAGUAACUAUGUUCGCUUUCCCAGUUACUGUUUCUUUGGGAUAUUUCCAAUAUUUUGACCUCCCUGAAGCAAAGUGGUUUGAUUUUGUUUUUGAGCAUAUUCUGAAUUCUUCCGGUAUAGAUGUAGGCGGAUUCCUUGACGCUGUUGCUAACGAAAAUUCACUCCGCCUGGUUAAGAUUUAG